AUGAGCGCUGUUGAUCCAGCGCAGGUGGAGCAGGCGAAGCUGGCCCCGAUCACCGCGGACACCCGUCGCAAGGCGCGCCGGGCUUUAAACGUGAUGAAGGCUGCCGAUCCGGACUUCACGUUCACGGAGGACACCGUCGUCACCUGGCGUGCGCUCCGUGCAGUCCUGCCGAAGGAAUCUCGCAUCACUGCGAACCUUCUGAGGAGCCAGCAGUCCACUGUGCAACGCAAGGCCGCUGUGGGUAAGAAGUACCACAUGCAGUACGAAGCCGCGUGCAAACAUCCUGACCCCAGGGCCUUCCAGUACUUGGUGAACCCGCGGGACGUCCCAGACUUGCCGUCGGGCGUUGACCCGGACGCCGUCUGGGUUGCCCAGUGGAAGUGCGACCCAGAUUGGUUGGGAGGCGACGCGUGGCACAUUAAUUGCGAGGCUGCUGCCGUCCGGACGCUGACCCUGGAUGACCAGGGGGGCUCGGGCGCGCCUCCGUCCCUCUCAGACCGCAGCCCCGGCGCGGACGCGCCAAGCCCCGCCCCCGCUGGUGGAGGCGGGGGCUCGCCCCCGCAGGCGGAGCCCCGGACCGAGGGCGGAGGCUCGCCCCGGACCGAGGGCGGAGGCUCGCCCCGCGCCUCCGAGGCGGACGCGGCGAAUGACUCUGGGGAUGAGGACGUCGCGGUGACCAUGAAGAAGCUCUGCGGGCAUUUGAAGGCGCGCGCGGAGCAGCAGAGGAUUGCGAAGGCGCACUUGAACGACACUGGUUCCGUGCAGUUUUGGGCGGAGCGCUUCGCCGCUGAUUUGGUGAAGAAGACCCCCCCGCCUGCGCCGCGCGACGUGAGCGCGCAGACGUUCAUCCUGAAGACGUUGCGGGGCGCGCCGUGUUACGACGACCUGGCGCCCUUCGCUGCCGUGAUCGAGCGGUGGGUCAGCUGGCAGGGGAACGCGGCGCCCGUGGCGAGCUGGCAGCCUCUCGGCAGCGCCAUUAUCGAGCUGCACGCGACGCCCGUGCAGACCCAGAUCGCUCUCGGGGCCCAGUUGGAUUUCAAGGAGCAGCGGAAGUUCCUCUCCAGCCCGCUCGUGGCCGAUCUCCAGCGCAAGCAGCUGGCCAUGCAGAUCGAUGUCCUGAAGACGAGGUGCGCCCACGGCGUGGGCCCCGCCGCGGCCCGCGAGCAGGCUGGGGAACUCGUGAAGAACGCGGAGCGCAUCGGGACGAAGAGCCAGAUGCAGGAGGUCUCUUUGGCGCGCGCCAUGGGCGGGACCAUGCCAGAGGAGGAGAAAGUGGCGUACUUGGUCGCUGAGCCCGAGCGCUGGGAGACGCUUCGCCCCUGGUGGCCCAAGCACGAGUAUUUCGACCAUAUGCACAAGGUGGUGAGCGGCGCCAAGAGCGGCGUGAAGGACAUGGACCUCGACUUCUUCAUUGAGUUUGCACCUCGCGUUUACGAGAGGGAGGAGCUGCUGAAGCUCGUGGCAAACCCGACCACGCGGGCAGUGUUGAUGACGAUGAAGAACUUGUCUGGGCGCGCCAGCGCGGCUACAGGCUCAUCUGGCCAGACGGGUUUGGGCAACGCCAACGUGGCGGCGCUCCCAGAUCCCUUGAACGGCACGGAGGAGCAGCUUAAAGAGUGGGCUGACAUGUGGGAGUGCAUCGGGCAAGCGAACAAGGCGAUUUUGGCCAAGGAGAGCACGUCGUUGGGCCCCUUGCUGCGGGCCUUGAAGGAGCACGCGGAGCAGGCGGCCAAGGCUGCGAAGGACGCGGCCAAGGCGACCGAGGACGCGGGUCAGCAGAGGAAGGACGAGAGCAAGGCGGGGAAGCGCCCCGCCGACGGCGCGGCGGCAGGCGCGCCAGACCCGAAGAAGGCCAGGAGUCCGCCGCUCCAGGUCGGCGACAUCUUCUACCUCACCGUGAUGAAGAAAAAAGAGGAUUGGGAGAAUUGCAAGGCUGAGGUCACGAGGAUCUCGCCGCCGUCGCUGACCUCGGAGCUGACGGCAACUGUGGAGAUGCUGGGGGGGAACAAGAAAGGCCGCAAGAGGGGUGUGCUGCUGACGCAGAUCCGCUUGGCGGGCGAUGGGGCCGCGGCCGCCAACGGAGCCCAGGCCGCCGCGCCGGGGGCCCCUGGCGGCGGCGCCGCGGCGCCGGAGGAGGCGCCGCUGGCGAACGUGGCGGCGGCGAUCCUCGGGGGCGACAGCGACUGA